GGCGCUCAUCUAGCGGCUCUUAUUUCUGUGCGGGGCUGUUCUGUUCUCAGCAGCGUUUUUGGUCUGUCUACAGAUCCAGCUGCUGCAGCGACCGGACUCACUAUUUUUUUUUCUUUUUUCUGCGGCUUCACCUCCGCCGGCCGAAUCCACUCGGGUUAAUAUCGAGCGCUGCUCGGCUCGACGGGGAUAAACAGAGAGUUUCAACUCCAGCCCGUGAACGUCACUAUUCUGAGUGGAAACGCCGCUUCAGCGACAUUUGUUUGUUUCUUUAACGGACAGCUUUUUUUUUCUUGUUGCUGCUGCGUUGGUGCUUAAUUAAACUGUGGCAUUGUUUUUAUUUGUUAUUAUUAUUAUUAUUAUUUUUAAUAGAAAUCACCUAUUUACCAACAGUGGUCGAGUCGAGCUUUUGAAGGGGGGAACACAAGGCGAGGAAGGAGAUUUUUUUUUUUAUCCAGACGCCUCCCUCUCUUUCUGUGUACAUAACGUUAUUAAUUUACAGACGCCGAACUGACGCUGCCGCCGCGGAAAAAGCUCGCAGCGGCGAUGAAUCAUUUUAACUGACAGCUUUUGAAGAAUUAGCCAGCUUUAGCCGGAGACACGAACUGGAAACCGACGGCUGUGUUCUGCUCACAUACGCAGUAAAAUAGCAGGUUCGGGGAGCAGGCACAGCUACAGCUGAUAACACUACCGACUCCUCUGGGUUUUGUUUUUUUGUAUGUUUUUUUUUUUCCCUCCCCUCCCUAAAGGCUGCAAAGUGCAACACUUGCCGUUUGGCUUGAAGCUUGUUUUGGUAGGAAGGGGGACCGCUAGCCGCCGUUAGCUAGUCGUUCUGCUAACCCUGGACAGCUCCCGAGAAAGAAAGGCUGAGCUAGCUUUUGGACAAAGGAGCAACGCAGCGGGGAGAUUUACAAAACACCGGGCACACGAGUCGUGUUCUGGAGCGACAAACAAGGACCUGACAUGAUGUUUCCACAAUCAAGACACUCAGCCUCAUCGCAGCAGCUGAAAUUUACGACCUCUGACUCCUGUGACAGGAUCAAGGAUGAGUUCCAGUUUCUUCAAGCACAAUAUCACAGUUUGAAGCUUGAAUGUGACAAGUUAGCGAGUGAGAAGUCAGAGAUGCAGCGCCAUUAUAUUAUGUACUACGAGAUGUCCUACGGGCUGAAUAUCGAGAUGCACAAACAGGCUGAAAUAGUGAAGAGACUGAAUGGGAUCUGCGCCCAAGUCCUCCCCUACCUGUCUCAGGAGCACCAGCAGCAGGUCCUGGCAGCCAUAGAGAGGGCCAAGCAGGUCACCCCUCCAGAGAUGAACUCCAUCAUCAGGCAGCAGCUCCAGGCUCACCAGCUGUCCCAGCUCCAGGGCCUGGCCUUGCCCAUGACCCCGCUGCCUCUGGGCCUGAGCCAGCCAACGCUGCCAGCCGUCACCACUUCCUCCGGUCUCUUCUCGCUGUCUUCUCUGCUGGCCUCCCAGGCCCAGCUGGCCAAGGAGGAGAAGGCUUCUCGCGACGGCGUGGACAGCCACCGUGAGGAGGACGGAGACAAGUCUGAUUAGGUCUCGUCUCCAUGCAGCUCUUUUAUCAUAGAGACAUGAAUUCCCAGAUCUGUCCCUGCAGCCUCGCCCGUGGUUGUCCCCUUUUUGACCUUACUCAACAUGGGGUUUCUUUCUUCAAUGCAGCUUCAGCUUUAGACCCCUAACUUAUCCCCUCUGGGAAAAGCUUUGGCACUCAUAUUACAGUAACUAAAUUAAAAUAAUAGUAGAUUUUCUGUUUUGGUUUAAGAUGUACUUUUUCCUUUUCACUUUAGGGAUAGGUAGUUUUUUUUUUUUCUGAUUCACCAUCUUUAUAUUUUAGUUUCUGCAUUGUUCUUUAGUCCAGGUUUUUUUCCUCCCACUCUGCUCUUCUUCUAGUUUGGCAGCAUAAAUCCCUCAGCUGGUUUUGAAACAAGCAAGCUGUUUAACAGAGAGAUCCAUGACAAACAUCAACACAGGUUUCUUCCAAAAUCCAUUCUCUUAAAAUAAGGUCGUUAUUAAUAUACUGAACUUUUUGAAAUUCCAUGAAUUUGUCUUGAGUUUUAUGUGGGCUGUGAGUUUAGUGGGCUGUCACAGAUGAAAAAAAUGUUUAAGCUCUUCUCAUACUGCAGCCUUCAUCGAAAAUACUUUGAUUCUAAAUUCUCCGAUGCAAGAAGACACUAGCUGAAAAUUUUAAGUCUUUUGCAAAAUGUAACAUUCAUCUGAUGUUGGGGGUCGACACCUCAGAUUUCAAUUAUCUUAGUUGUUUCCUGACAUUAUGAGGGGUAGUGCUUUGCAAAAAUAUUUAAAUCUCUUAAACUUUUUUACAUUUUCUCAUGUUACAACCCGAGACAUCAAUGCCUCUAAAUUAGUCCGUAAUUGUGAAGUGGAAAUUAAAUGACACACAGCUUCUUUUUUUCUUCUUCUUCUUUUUUUAACCUGAAAAGCAUAGUGUGCAUUUGUAUUCAGACUCCUUGUCUCUAAUACCUCUACACAUAAUGUAAUGUAACUAUUUGUACCUUCACAAGUCACCUGAUCACCUCAGCAAGGUUAAAUUAUGAAAACUGUUUUUUCACUUAUGGGAAACUGGCUCGUUAUAAGGGGGGGAAAAAACACAAGACAAAACCAACUGUUUAGCAAGCUGUAGAAGUUUGUUUUAUUUCAAGUGUACAAAAAUAUUUCUACUAGGAACUAGACAAAAAUACUUGGUGAGAUUUUGUGUUUCUUCGGUGACAUGAUUAAUGUCGAGCUGUUUUGCAAAGACAGACGGGCAUGGAAAUUCUUUCCACAUGUGCAAAGCUGGUAGAGAUGAAUCCCAAAAGAUUUGCAGACGUAAUGGCAGUAAAAUCUGUUUCUAUGACGUAUUAACUCAAGGUGAUUGAACACAAAUGCACAACUCACAAUUUAGGAUAGGUAAAAAAAUAAAAAAAUAAAAACUAUACAUCCUUUUUCUUGCACAUAGAGAUUGACUGAUUUGUUUUGGCUAUAGAAAAAACAUUUUAAGGGGUAUUGAUACCUUGGCAGGGCUCUAUUAUUAAGAUUACCCACCCAGUACCUUAACCAAGAGGCAUCAUCAAUCAGAGCUGCGGUAACUUAAACUGCAACCGAAACAACUGAAACCACCUCAAUUAUCUGCUCCUCUGUCAGCUGUUUUUCAUAUUUAAUGUGCACUUAUAUUGGAGCAGACACUAAGGGGAGGGAGUGUGGUGAGUGUUUGACAGCAGAGGGCAGCGCAUGCCUUUGAACAAUCCUCCUAAGGUUUUUACUUCCACAAGGACAACGGCAGCGCACAGACCAAGUCUGAUGGGGAAUAGUUUAUUCAUUAGCUCCGAGCGUACCAACUUAUUGUACAUGAACUGGACUGUGGAUAUUUACCUCUACAUGCGGUCCUUCAGUUUGUCUUGCUCUCCAAAUGAUCCAAUUAUGAAAACAGAGUUGUAAAGAAUCUGUUUUCUCAGAUUAAACCUAAAGUUGAAAGGAUGUUCAUGAACGUAAAACAAAAGCUGUGGUAUGUUUACUGCCUGCCACUUAAUGCAAGUGAGUGGCAACUUGGCAUUGUUCAGUACAAAGUGUCGCAUCGUGAGACGAUAUUCUGUUGUAAUUUACUGGUCACCUUAAUACCCUCAGCACAAGAAGCGGUGAAGUAAUAGCCAGA